GGCCAAAGUGAAGCCAGAGGAGCUCUGAAUUUUCUUCUCUUUUCUACGGGGGUGGCGGUGGUGCUCGCGCCCGGCUCGCGGCGGUGUGGUAAUCAUAGGGGAGAGUAGGGGUGUGUAUGUAUAAAGGCCCGGCUUGUCCCGAGCUGAGCCGAGGGGAAGUUGGAUUGGAUCCCCCGCCGCGACGUGGUGAGCUACUCAGAGCUGAGCUGUUUCCUCCAUCUUCCUCCCCUCACUCCUCCCUGCUGCCGCGCCUCACUCUACGCUACGCUACGCUCCGUGCGCGCGUGGGAUCCUGCUGCUGCCUGCCCGCCUGCCAUCCGUCCCCGUCCUUCCUCCUGCCAUUUCCUUCUUCCCCUGUCUCUUCUUCCGUCUUGGCGUCCGUCCACCUCUAGCUCCAGCCUAGCCUCAGAGAGUGUGUGUGUGUGUGUUGAUGAGGAGGUGAGGGGGGCCGGAGCCACAGCCGCAGCCGCCAAGGGGGCGGCAUCUGGGGUCCGGGGCCGGCAAUGGCGCCGUGGUGGGGGCAGGAGGCGCGGGGAGGGGUGUCCGGCGGCGUGACGGGGACGCCCGUCGUGGUCAAGAUGCAGACCCCGGACUGGGCCAUCUCCGAGGUGCCGCCGCCGGGCUCCCCCGCCGCGGGGGGCAAGGACGGCCGCGGCAAGAACGCGCGCCAGAUCACCUGGGUGCUGCUCCUCAAGGCGCACCGCGCCGCCGGGAAGCUCACGGGCGCCGCCACCGCCGCGCUCUCCGUGGCGGCGGCCGCGCGCAGGCGGGUGGCCGCGGGCCGGACCGACUCCGACGCCGACGCCGACGGCGCGCCGCCGGGGCCGGGGGCCGGCAGGCCCGCGCUGCGCACCAGGCUCUACGGCUUCAUCCGCGCCUCCCUCCUCCUCUCCCUGCUCCUCCUCGCCGCCGACGUCGCCGCGCACGCCCAGGGCUGGCACCUCGCCGCGCUCCCCGACCUGGAGGCCGUCGAGGGCCUCUUCGCCGCGGGCUACGCGGCCUGGAUGCGCGCCCGCGCCGCCUACCUCGGCCCGGCGCUGCAGUUCCUCACCAACGCCUGCGUCGUGCUCUUCAUGAUCCAGAGCGCCGACCGCCUCAUCCUCUGCCUCGGCUGCUUCUGGAUCAAGCUCAGGGGGAUCAGGCCCGUGCCCAACGCCGCCACCGCCGGCAACGGCAAAGGCUCGGACGACGUCGAGGCCGGCGCCCAGGAGGAGGAGGAGGGGGAGUUCCCCAUGGUGCUCGUCCAGAUUCCAAUGUGCAACGAGAAGGAGGUGUAUCAGCAAUCCAUUGGAGCUGUCUGCAAUCUGGACUGGCCGAGAUCGAAUUUCUUGGUGCAGGUGCUCGAUGAUUCUGAUGAUGCUGCGACUUCUGCUCUCAUCAGAGAGGAGGUUGAGAAAUGGCAACGGGAGGGUGUCCGGAUAUUGUACCGGCACCGGGUGAUUCGUGAUGGCUACAAGGCUGGAAAUCUCAAGUCUGCCAUGAACUGCAGCUAUGUGAAAGACUAUGAGUUUGUUGUUAUCUUUGAUGCUGAUUUCCAACCACAAGAAGACUUCCUGAAGCUAACUGUGCCCCAUUUCAAGGGCAAAGAGGAUGUUGGACUAGUUCAGGCAAGGUGGUCUUUUGUAAACAAGGAUGAGAACUUGUUAACUAGGCUGCAAAACAUAAAUCUGUGCUUCCACUUUGAGGUGGAACAGCAGGUUAAUGGGGCAUUCCUCAAUUUUUUCGGGUUCAACGGAACCGCGGGAGUGUGGAGAAUUAAGGCACUCGAGGACUCUGGAGGAUGGAUGGAGAGAACGACAGUUGAAGACAUGGAUAUUGCUGUCCGAGCACAUCUAAAGGGAUGGAAGUUUCUCUAUCUUAACGACGUUGAGUGCCAGUGCGAAUUGCCGGAGUCAUAUGAAGCAUACAGAAAACAGCAGCAUCGAUGGCAUUCUGGUCCGAUGCAGUUGUUUAGACUCUGCUUUGUGGACAUUAUCAAAUCGAAGAUUGGGUUCUGGAAGAAAUUCAACUUGAUAUUCCUUUUCUUUCUCCUCCGAAAACUGAUUCUGCCCUUCUAUUCAUUCACCCUCUUCUGCGUCAUACUUCCAAUGACAAUGUUUGCUCCUGAAGCAGAGCUACCUGCCUGGGUGGUGUGCUACAUUCCAGCAACCAUGUCCUUGCUCAACAUCCUCCCAGCCCCAAAGUCCUUCCCAUUCAUCGUCCCCUACCUUCUGUUUGAGAACACCAUGUCGGUGACCAAGUUCAACGCCAUGAUCUCCGGCCUGUUCCAGCUCGGGAGCGCCUACGAGUGGGUCGUCACCAAGAAAUCCGGCCGGUCUUCGGAGGGCGAUCUCGUCGCCCUCGUCGAGAACGAGAAGCAAUCCAAGCAGCAGAGAGUAGGGUCCGCGCCCAACCUCGACUCCCUAGCAGCAAAGGAGGAAUUGUACCCGAAAUCGGAACCUAAAAAGAAGAAACACAAUAGGUUAUACAGGAAAGAACUAGCAUUGUCCUUCCUCCUCUUGACAGCAGCAGCUCGCAGCCUGCUCUCGGUUCAGGGCAUACAUUUCUACUUCCUUCUGUUCCAGGGGGUGUCGUUCUUGGUCGUCGGGCUCGACCUCAUCGGCGAGCAGGUGGAGUGAUGAUGAUAGGAUACUACAGCAAGCAAGUAGUAUAAUGGGGUUUUCUCUUUUUUGCAUUUGAUGAAGCGCGUGGAAUGUGCCAUUUGAAGCAUCACCGAACGCGAGAGGUGGCUCUGGCUGAUGAUCAUCAGAGAGAGGCUGAAAUGGAAUGAAAUGAAAAUGAAAUGUUGGGGUUGUAGAUAUAUGGCUUGGGACUCGGCCUGUGAGGUCCCAAUUCUUUUGUAAGAAUCGAUGGAUGGGUCUUCGGUGGAUAACUAGAUUGGGUUAAUUCUCUUCUUCUUGACAGUUUACCUUCAAAUGAAGUGAUACUGUUGUUGUUGUUGUUGUUGUUGUUGUCGUCAUCAUCUGUAAUGUAGUACUUUGGAAUGCAUAGUGAGUGAUACUUGUUCUGGGUA